UGCUGGAGUUUUUCCACACCAACUUCCUGCUACAGGCUCUCAGCAGGCCUGGCUCUGCUGGAGCUCUCUUCCUAAUUUAGAGGAAUUCUUUCUUCCCUCUGUCCCCACAUGCUUUAUCAGUAGGACAAACUGUUGCAGUCAGUAACUUGAUACAAUCAGCUGGACUUUAACUCCCACCAAAUGCCAUUCAACCAAAUCAAAGCACUGCGUUGUACAACUGGAUUGAUCUGGAUGUAUUUUAUAGUUGAAUCGAAAACUGAAUAGCACUAAUAGUGAAUUCUGCAAGUCGAUGCAGUCUGCAGGGUUUCCUAGAUAGAAACUUCUUUAAAUCUUUGAACAAUUAAUUGAGCAUUAUGUAAUUUAGUAUCAAUUGAUACUAAAUUGAUAAUUAGUAUAAAUUUGAAUUGAAGUGAAAUUAUUAUUUUUUUGUUUUGUCUUGGGAUCAUAUUUGUUGUGAAUUGGCGCUAUAGAAAUAGCGCCAAUUUCUAUAGCGCCAAUUCAAUUCUAGAAUUGAAUUGAAUUGUGUGGUAAAUCAGAUUGGAAUAGCUGAACGAAUUUGAAAACUUGCACAUAUAUGUGAUUGAAGAUUAACUGUUUUUUUUUUGUUGUAAAGAGCCUUGAGAUCACAUUUGUUUGUUUAUUUCCUUAUUUAUUUAUUCCUGGCGCCAUGGAAAUAAACACAAUUUAAUCAAAUGAAUUAUUUUCUUAGUAAUUAUUAGAGCACGUGAUAGAUUAUAGACCUCUACAGAAAUAUUUUACUUACUUGUCCGAAGAGUUUGGGGAGACGCUUUGUGUGUGCGCGCGCGCGUGUGUGUGUUCCGAUCACAUGAACAUCUCCCAAUCGGAAUAUAAGUGCUUUGGUCUCCGCCCCCUCUCUGGCUGAAGCAUUCUCGGGAAUUAAACUGGAACCCCGCUGGUCACCGGUAUGUGAUUAAAAAGUCAACAUGAACAGAAACCUUACGGAAGCCUGUGGGAGACACUUAAAGACCAAUCUAGUCAGAUGAUGCUCAAAAUCAUAAAAGUACAAGUACAUAGAAAUAAUACUGGAAUAUUUCAUGUAAUAAAAUUUCUAUAUGUAUAAUAAUUAACCUUCAGCUUCAGGAUGCUCUUAGUGACUCAUUUUAUUGUGUAAAAACCUAAAACCAAAUGGAAGAGAUUCAGCUGCUGUCUGUUCCUCUUUACUCUCUCAGCCUCCUUAUUGCAGCCUGUUGCUCAUCCUGCAGCAAUCAUCGAUCUGCAGGUGAAAUAUACACUUUUUACCUUAUUUAUAUGUUGAAUCAUUAUAAUCAUUAUCAUCAAAUGUGAUUAUGUUUCUCUUCAGUUUUUUUCCUGGUCUCGUGUCGCGGUUCUUGUCCCCUCUUUCAUUUCUGCUCAUUAAAUCAGAGCAUCGCUGAACCAAUCAGAAGCCGUUCUGAAUCUUGGUGGACUGCAUCACGGUCUGGUCACCCAAUCAAAACAAAGACCCCCAGCUCCAUUCACACACGCUCACUCCCCACCCCACACUUCGGCUCUUCGUCUCCUCUCAAAGUUUGGUUCGCAGCUGAUGAAGAUGCUGAGCUGAUGAUCACUUUUGAUGGUCUCCUCCAGCCUGCCGGACUGACCAGAGCGGCUCCCGGACCUGAACCGGACCCGAACACAAACGGAACUUCGUCCUGCUUUCCUGGAGCAUUUGGGAUUUGGAUUCUGCCCGCUGACUGAGAUGGGCUUUGAGUCCAGAAAGAAAGUGAAGCUGUUUUAGUUGAAAUCUGGAGAUUGGCCCCCGCAGCCCCCGCAGCCCCAUCCCCAGUCCUCCCGGGCCUCCCUCCCUCAGAGGCGGUAAUGCUAGCGGUGGGUCAGAUGGACGGGUCCCGACAGAGCGCCUUCCUCCUCAGCACUCCACCUCUGGCAGCUCUGCACAGCAUGACCGAGAUGAAGACCCCCCUGUACCCGGCCUAUCCCCUCUCCACCUGUCCCAACUCCUCCACCUCUCCCGCCACCACAUCUCCCAACCCAGGCGGCAUGGCCGUGUCUUCCCCCGGGAUCAAGAGUUCCACCGGGCUGUCCUCGGGCCUCGGCUCCCCGCAGCAGUGCUCCUCUGCAACUCCGCACGGAAUUAACGACAUCCUCAACCGGCCGGUCGUCUCCUCAGCUGGCACCACGGCGGUCGUAGCUGCUGCAGCCGCCGCCGCCUCCUCAUCUGCUGGGAUUCUGUCAGGACUGCCCAGGUUCAGCAGCCUCAGCCCGCCGCCACCUCCCGGACUUUACUUCAGCCCCAGCGCGGCGGCUGUGGCCGUGGCCCGGUACCCGAAGCCGCUGGCAGACCUCCCGGGAAGGACGCCGAUCUUUUGGCCAGGAGUUAUGCAAAGUCCGCACUGGAGAGACGCCAGGUUCGCUUGUUCACCCCAUCAGAACUCAGUGCUACUGGACAAAGAUGGGAAAAGGAAGCACACUCGGCCCACUUUCUCUGGGCAGCAGAUCUUUGCGCUGGAAAAGACUUUUGAACAAACCAAAUAUCUGGCGGGGCCAGAGAGAGCGCGGCUGGCCUACUCUCUGGGGAUGACCGAGAGCCAAGUGAAGGUGUGGUUCCAGAACAGAAGGACCAAGUGGAGGAAGAAGCACGCAGCGGAAAUGGCCUCCGCGAAAAAGAAGCAGGACUCGGAGACGGAGCGGCUCAAAGGAACGUCGGACAACGAGGAGGAGGACGACGACUACAACAAACCUCUGGACCCGAACUCGGACGAUGAAAAGAUCACACAGCUGCUGAAAAAACACAAACCGGGCUCUGCGCUGCUGAUGCACACAUCUGAAAACGACAGCUCUUAAUUCACUUCUAUUUCCUGUUCCGAGGAGGAUCUGGCAGGACGAACUCAUGGAUUCGGUUCACUUUGUGAAUGUUUCUCUGCGUGGCUAAAGAGGAUACACACUUCCGGUUCACAGAGAAGACUUUAGCUGUAAAUAGAAGCGUGAGUUGUAUGAAUAGAAAUUGCUAUUGAAUCAUUGCUGUGAAUAAUUUAUGUGUAGUUUUUUUUUCUUAUUUGUUUUGUACAGAAACGAUUCUCCCAGAUCAGCGGUAAACACGUUUUUGUUUUGAUCUGACAGCAGAGGUAUUUUUUCUGUCUGUCCCUGAACGCCUCUUGAUCUGUCAGAUAAAACCGCAGCUGCACCUGAGGUCGCUCACACACACACACACACACACACCCCCACACCCCCCCACACACACACCCACACACACACACCCCACUGGUGAACCCUGUGAAGCUGUGGAAGCGGCCUGCAGCAGCUUCAUGUAAAGCACUUUUAUUUAAUAAAAACUCUAAAGUUGG